AUGACCAACACCUCAACUACCACCACGACAACAACAACAACCGAAAAGAAACAAUGUUUCACAAAAGGACUCAUGGAUCGUCUCAAAGCAAGAUCAAAGAUGGUUCGAUCAGUCGGUCAUCAAUCUAAAUUACCAAUCUUCAUUUGGGAAUCACCUCCACUAGGGACACUUUAUAGAAUCACAUUUCUUGCUCGACUCGAGGACGAUGGAGAAGAAGGCUUGGGGUUCCGUUUUGAUGACACUCUCUCUGAAGUUCCUCGAAGACUAGUUUGGGGCGGUACGGUUGGUACCACUGAAUCACCCGGACGCUUUUUAAAUGGAUCUCAAACUUUCCUCACAGAUUCGGCGUCAAAGGCUAGCGAUCGAUGUCGAAAAGGUUGGCAUGUACGAAUCGGAAAGGUCUCUGAGGUUCUCAAGGCUUUUGAAGAUGUUGAGGAUUCCCUCGUGAUGAAAGUUUCACUUCGAAAACUCGACCCAUCUACUCAACUCACCAAUCUCACUACAGCAGACUCGAACCCAACUACUAUUCCCCAUCCCGCACUUCAUUCAACCAAAUCUCAAACUCGGCGUCCCUUGCCACUCACUCCUGUAGUCUCGGCAGUGAACUCCACUGCACAGCCAACACCACCACAAACACCAUCCAAGACCAUUGAUCAAGCGCCUCCCUUACCCCCGAAAACUCCUCAAAUAGCAGUGCAUUCGCCCAUUCCCAAGCCUCCUGUAAAGAGCAUACCUUCGAGCACGCCUCCAAACUCCAAUCCCUCUAUUGACAAGCCUGCCGUCCCCGCCCCUGCAUCGCCGCCCUUCACGCCGUCCUUGCAGAAAAGCAAUGACAUUCCCACCGAGGUGUUAGCCGACACCUCGGUCACCCCAGAAAUUACAGCAUCUCCUCCCGUAGAGACUCCAUCGCCGGAGCUUAGCCCAGAUGUAGCAUCUGAACCUAUUGCGGUGACUGAAGAGAUUCCAGUCUUACAAUCCGAAUCUUCGCCAACUCUCGAACCCGAUACCACACCCGCUGCCCCUACCGAAGAUCAAGCUGAAUCGGUCAAUCCAGUAGAUGUUCAGAGUAGUACGGAUAUAGUUGCUUUUGUAUUUCCAAAUAGGACUGGAAGAUCACCCAAGAAAGUUUAUAUCAAGCUUGAGCUAUUGCAAGGCAUCGAACAUUUCAAAAAAUUGCUUGAAGGCAGUGCAGCUGAGUCAGAGAUCCCAAGCCGCUAUCCUCCAUUUCGCGCCCUAGUCAUAACGAUUACAGAAAUGUUUGGCUCGUUGAUAGGACCAUGGAUGAACAGGGUCAACUGCCGAGCAGAAGCUCUUCUCGCUCGAUUCCCCACCAUUGGUCGAAUCUUUCGGUUUACCCAGGAAUAUCUGAUGCCGAGUAUGACACGGGUGUUGAUAGGCUUGUUUAAGUUGAUCGGAUCAGGGGUUGAACUGAUCCUUGAGGAAUUAAUUACGCUGGUGGAGAAUAUAAUGAAUCCGAAAGAUCAAGAUCUGAUGUUUGAAAUACAUCUUAGAAUCUGGAAAGGGCUCAGAGCUUUUUUAUUGAGAUCAGAGGAAUGGGAUGAAGAGGAAGAUAUCGAGUCUUUUUGUGAGGAUAAUGAAGGAUAUGAAAUGACAAAUAAUCGAGAGAUUCAAAGGAUGAUUGUAAUUAAUGACGCUGCAUACUCCACGUAUAAAGCCCUGGCGGACUAUCUGGAGCACCGAACGGUGAACUUUGCGCCUCUGCGGUCCAAGUUUGAGUGUCAAAAAGCAUUGUUAAUCUCCACGGUCGGUCUAGGAAGCUUUCCCCCUGAUUAUCGAAGUUAUCUUCACUCACGUUUGAAUGGACAAGCGUGCUGUGAUGCAAGAAAGUUAUACAAACUUUCCAAUGAAUUGAAAAUAAAUGAAUUAAAUGGUUUAGCUCAAGAAUAUCUUAUGAAGAAUAUUAAUCAAUCGAAUGUAAGAUAUGAAUUUAAAAAGGCAAAAGAAAUGAAAUUAGAAAAGAUAUGUGAAAGUUAUAUUAAAUUUAUGGAACUUGAUGAAGGAUAUUAA